GCCUCUUCAUUCCCUUGGCCACGCGAUCGUCUUAUGAAUAGCCUUCAACUCAACCAGAAAACCUCAACAAUUUUCACAACACUGUCUAGAGUUAACUUUCCAAGAUCCCUGAAGCCACAGACAGCGAGGUACUUGCACGUUAUGCCAUCCGCAAAAGAGCCGAGCAGUAGCAUCAAGGUAUUGAUGCUCCACGGUUAUACUCAAAAUGGGAAUCUAUUCCACGCAAAAACAAGAGCAAUGGAAAAGCACCUGCAGAAAGUAUUUCCAGGCAUUUCGUUAAGCUACCCAACGGGCCCUCUGCAACUCAAGCCAAGCGACGUUCCGGGCUUUGACCUGAGUUCAACUGAAGACCCGGACAGUAUUGAAGCUUAUGGCUGGUGGAGGCGGUCAGAUAUUUCCGAUCCGCCUGAGUACGUCGGUCUCGAGAAAGGGCUGGAGACAAUCGCCAAAGUUCUAGAGUCAGAGGGACCAUUCGAUGGCGUGAUCGGAUUCUCGCAGGGAGCAUGUCUAGCCGCCAUGGUUGCUUCACUACUGGAGGGGGACUCGAGAAAACAAGCGUUUGAAAAGGCACGAGCAAGAUCCCCUCUGGCGAUCCCGUAUCCGGCAUCCUUUGAGAGACUCAGUCACCCGCCGCUCAAAUUUUGUGCCGCAUACUGUGGCUUUCGGGCCCCUGGCGAGAGAUAUCGUGGAUUCUACGAGGACCCCCAUAUUCAGACCCCAGUAUGUCACGUCAUUGGGAGUCUUGACAGCGUGGUCGAAGAGUCGAGAACACAAGCAUUAGUCGAUGCGACUGGCGGCGCAGAGAAGACCCAGGUCGUGACACACCCCGGAGGACACUUUGUGCCGAGCGGGAAGCAAUAUCUGGACAUGAUUGCAGGUUUCAUCAAGCAGAAUAUCUCGUCACGGGGAGAGGCGGGAGGGACAGAGGAGAAGGUGGAAGACAUGGAUGUGCCCUUCUGAAGGCCUUUGGCGCGAUAAUCUCCUUGUCUAGCCUUGCACUUGAUACCCGAUAGAAGCGAUAGAUCGGUCUAGAAGUAGAUACGACGUUGCUAGAGUCCUUUCUCUCUUGUUCAAUGACUCUGGCAGUGAGUCAAAG